AUGGGUACCAAAUUUGGAGCCAGUUUGGUCACUCCCUUUCUCUUUCUGCUUCUGUCUCAUGUGGUGUUUUCCACAACAAAUGAUGGGUUGGUCAGAAUUGGACUGAAAAAGAUGAAAAUAGAUCAAAAAUGUCAUAUGAAUAGAAGAAGUAAUACUAUUGAGCAAGAAGAAACACCGGGAGGUCCUAUUAGGAAGUAUCAUCUGCGUGGUAAUCUUGGGGAUUCUGAGGACACUGAUAUUGUUGCACUAAAGAACUAUAUGGAUGCUCAGUAUUUUGGUGAGAUUGGCAUUGGAAGUCCUGCUCAGAAGUUCACUGUGAUAUUUGACACUGGAAGUUCUAAUCUUUGGGUGCCCUCAGCCAAGUGUUAUUUCUCGGUUGCUUGCUUUUUUCACUCCAAGUAUAAGUCUAGCCAAUCAAGUACAUACACAAAGAACGGAAAAUCUGCGGCAAUCCAGUAUGGGACCGGCGCAAUUGCAGGCUUCUUCAGCCAGGACCAUGUCACUGUUGGCAAUCUUGUUGUUAAGGAUCAGGACUUUAUUGAGGCAACCAAAGAGCCUGGCAUCACAUUCGUCGCAGCUAAGUUUGAUGGUAUACUUGGACUUGGAUUUCAAGAGAUCUCAGUUGGAAAUGCUGUUCCUGUCUGGUAUAAUUUGGUCAAUCAAGGUCUUGUUACAGAACCAGUUUUCUCAUUUUGGUUAAAUCGCAAUACUGAAGGGGAAGAAGGGGGUGAGAUUGUAUUUGGUGGGGUUGAUUCUAAUCAUUACAAGGGUGAGCAUACAUAUGUUCCUGUGACUCAGAAAGGCUAUUGGCAGGAUUCUGUGCUAGUGGCUGUUCAGCAAUUGCCGAUUCAGGAACCUCCCUAUUGGCUGGGCCAACAGUAUACUGUUAUCACUCAAAUCAAUCAUGCCAUUGGAGCCUCUGGUGUUGUAAGCCAAGAAUGUAAGACAGUGGUUGAACAAUAUGGGAAAACUAUAAUAGAAAUGUUGCUAGCUCAGGCACAACCCAAAAAAAUUUGCUCCCAAAUUGGUUUCUGCACUUUUGAUGGAACUCAUGGUGUGAGUAUGGGCAUUGAAAGUAUGGUGAAUGAGAAACUAGAAAUGACAUCUGACGGCGUGCAUGAUGCUGCAUGUACUGCUUGUGAGAUGGCAGUGGUAUGGAUGCAGAAUCGGCUAAGGCUAAAUGAGACAGAGGAUCAGAUCUUGAAUUAUGUCAAUGAGCUCUGUGAACGACUUCCCAGUCCCAGUGGAGAAUCAGUGGUUCAGUGUGGUGCUCUAUCCUCCUUACCCAGUGUAUCAUUUACCAUUGGUGGUAAAGUAUUUGACCUUGCUCCAGAGCAGUACGUUCUCAAAGUCGGGGAGGGAGUUGCAGCUCAAUGCAUCAGUGGGUUUAUCGCUUUAGAUGUCGCUCCUCCUCGAGGACCACUCUGGAUUUUGGGGGAUAUUUUCAUGGGUCGGUAUCACACCGUGUUCGACUAUGGGAACUCGUCAGUUGGAUUUGCAGAAGCAGCUUAG